AUGGAGAAGCGAAUUAGAUCAGAUGAUUCCGACGAGUCAGAAGAACUUCGAUCUGACAAGCGACGUAAUACGAGGAAGAAAGAUACGGUUGGUGUGAGCAUAGGCUCUCCGAGCUCUGAGGGAACAGGUAGAGGUAGAGGUAGAGGAAGGGGAAGAGGAAGAGGGAGAGGGAGAGGAAGAAACUCUGACGGUGCAGAUGAUUCGAAGAGAAUUCGAUCAGAUGAUUCCAACGACUCAGAUAGGCUCAAAGAACAUAGAUCUGAAGGAGUUGUGAGCAUUGAAUCUCCGAGCUCGCAGGGCCAGGGGAGAGGGAGACGGAGAGCGAGAGGAAGAAAAUCUGACGGUGGAGAGGGCUCGAGGCGAACUGCUGAAAGAAGAGGAAGAGAGAGAGAUGAUAACUCUGAUGGAACAAAAAAGUAUGCGGGUUUGACUUGUCAUCAGUGCAAGAACCUAACGGAUAAGGUUGAUCUCGUCUUCUGUUCUAAAUGCAUCAAGAAGCGCUAUUGCUAUGACUGCAUCAAGAGAUGGUAUCCAGAGAGAACGCCUGAGGAAGUUAGAGAUGCAUGUCCUUUCUGUGUCGGGAAUUGCAACUGCAGAGCUUGUUUGCGUCAGCCUUUGCUUGUCAAGCGAACAAGUGAGAAGGACGCGAGUGUCAAGCUGAAGCAGUUGCAAUACCUAUUAGUUAAAGCUCUUCCUGUUCUUAGAGAUAUUUAUGCAGAGCAGAUCCGUGAACUGGAGGUUGAAUCAGCAAUUAGAGGAGUCCCUGUGACAGAAUCUGAUAUUACGUGGUCCGAACUUCAUCCUAGUGAACGCAUAUACUGUGACCUGUGCAGCACAUCCAUUGCCAAUUUUCACAGAAGCUGUCUGAACCCAGAUUGCUCUUCCGACAUUUGUCUUUCUUGCUGCAAGGAACUUAGAGAGAGUUCACAUGAUGAGAAGGUAGAUGGGGAGAACUUCUCUGACUGGAAGCUUAGUCCUGACGGUAGCAUUCCAUGCCCUCCCAAAGAGCGUGGUGGCUGUGGCACUUCAACACUGGAGUUGAGACGUUUGUGCGAAUGUGAUAGGGUUGAAAAGCUGAUAACGAAUGCAGAGGAAGUUACUCUGCAGUUUAGGCCACCAGAUGUGAAUAUUGCUCAUGAAUGUUCCUCAUGUACUGAAAACUCUGAUUCCAUCAUCAGUAGGCAGGCGGCGUUUAGGAAGAAUGGUCAUGAUAACUUUUUGUACUGCCCAAAUGCUGUUGAUCUGGCUGAAGGCGAUAUUGCUCAUUUUCAGUCGCACUGGAUGAGGGCGGAACCUGUGAUAGUCAGAAAUGUUCUCGACAAGACACCUGGACUAAGUUGGGAUCCAAUGGUUAUGUGGAGGGCUUGCAGGGAAAUGGAUCCAAAAGCUAAAUGCAAAGAAGAGGCAAAAAGCGUGAAAGCUUUGGAUUGCUUGGAUUGGUGUGAGGUUGAAAUAAAUAUUCAUCAGUUUUUUCAAGGCUACUUGAAAGGCCGCCAGGAUCCCAGUGGUAUGCCAGUAAUGUUGAAGUUAAAGGAUUGGCCUCCAUCAACUUUAUUUGAAGAGCGCCUUCCAAGACAUAACGCUGAGUUUAUUUCUUCCUUACCUUUCUCUGAUUACACUGACCCAAAGUCAGGUCUCUUGAAUCUGGCAACAAGACUUCCUGAAGAAUCCUUGAAACCAGAUCUUGGACCUAAGACAUACAUUGCCUACGGUUUCCCUGAAGAGCUUGAUGGAGGAGAUUCUGUGACAAAACUACAUUGUGAUAUGUCCGACGCGGUCAAUGUGCUGACACACACAGCUAAAGUUAAUAUACCUUCCUGGCAACACAAACUUGUAAAAAAAGCAAAGUUGCGUAAACAACUGUCUGGUCAAGAGACAGAAGCCAGUGAAUGUGAAAACAAGUCAGUGAAAGAAGUAGAGAAUGAGGAAGCUGCUUUAAAGAAAUGUGAUGGUCUUGUGGGAGAAGAGACUUUAAAGGACAAGGCAGCUAACGAAGAUGAUAAGAUGUUUGUUUCAAAAGAUGGUAGUCUCCCGCCGCCUAUGGAAUCCAUAAAAGAGGAGAAACUGGAUUCUCCAAAGGAAACUGAGGGCAAUGUCACCCAGAGUUUGGAUGGUAGUACAAGUGCGGAGACUAUACAAGAGCAGAAACAUGAUGCUCCAAAAGAAACUAAUGGCAAUGCCAAUGAGAGUUCAGAGGGUGUGCAUGGUGGUGCUGUGUGGGACAUCUUCCGAAGAGAGGAUGUUCCAAAACUCAUUGAGUAUUUGGAAAGACACAAGCAUGAGUUUCGUCAUUUCUUUAACGAACCUGUGGAAUCUGUUACUCACCCAAUUCAUGACCAGACAUUGUUCUUGACUGAAAGCCAGAAGAAACAGCUGAAAGAGGAGUUCGAUAUAGAGCCAUGGACAUUUGUGCAACACCUGGGUGAAGCUGUUUUUAUCCCUGCAGGUUGUCCGCACCAAGUGAGAAAUAUACAGUCAUGCAUAAAGGUGGCACUUGAUUUUGUUGCUCCUGAAAGCUUAGAGGAGUGCCUUAGGCUAACACAGGAAUUUCGGAGACUACCAAAAGACCACAGAUCCAAUGAAGACAAACUAGAGCUUAAGAAAAUAGUGCUGCAUGCUGCCAGCUCAGCCAUAAGAGAGGCACAAGAUCUAAUGCAAAACUCCAUGACAGAAUGA